AUGGAAAGGAAUUGGGGAGGAUGGUCGGGCUAUGGGUGGAGUCAGGAUGGCUGGGACUGGAAUGCCAAGGUGGACCGCAGCCAAGCAGAAGAGCAAGGCACCGAGGACAAAGGAAAGGGAAAAGGAAAAGAAAAGGGCACGCCUACUGAGAAGAGCCAAGAGAAGGGGGCAAACAAAGGAAAAGAGAAGGGCAAGUCAGCCGAGAAGGGCCAGAACAAGGGAAACGGCAAGGAACAGGGCAAGUCUGCCCAUAAGGGCCAGGAGAAGGGAAAACGACAAGGAGAGGAGCCAGCCACAACCGGCACAGCUGCCGGCAAAGGCCAAGAGAAGGGGGAAGGAAAAGAGAAGGGCAAGUCUGCCGAGAAGGCCCAGGAGAAGGGGAAAGGAAAGGAGGAGGGCAAGUCUGCCGACAAGAGCCACGAGAAGGGAAAAGGAAAGGGAAAGGAACCAGCCACCACCGGCACAACUGCCGGCAAGAGCCAGGAGAAGGGGAAAGGAAAGGAGAAGAAGGGUCUGUCGAAGGAGAAGGAAAAAGAAAAGGAGGAAGGGCCAGCCACUGACGGCACAGCUGCCGGCAAGGGCCACGAGAAGGGGAAAGGAAAGGAGGAGAAGGGCAAGUCUGCCGACAAGGGCCAGGAGAAGGGGAAAGGAAAGGAGGAGAAGGGCAAGUCUGCCGAGAAGGGCCAGCAGGAGAAGGGAAAAGGAAAAGGAGAAGAGCCAGCCACUGACGGCACAGCUGCCGGCAAGGGCCACGAGAAGGGGAAAGGAAAGGAGGAGAAGGGCAAGUCUGCCGACAAGGGCCAGGAGAAGGGGAAAGGAAAGGAGGAGAAGGGCAAGUCUGCCGAGAAGGGCCAGCAGGAGAAGGGAAAAGGAAAAGGAGAGGAGCCAGCCACCACUGCCGGCAAGAGCCAAGAGAAGGGGAAAAGAAAGGAGAAGGGCAAGUCAGCCGAGAAGGGCCAGGAGAAGGGAAAAGGAAAGGAACCAGCCACCACCGGCACAACUGCCGGCAAGAGCCAGGAGAAGGGGACAGGAAAGGAGAAGGGCAAGUCUGCCGCCGAGAAGGGCCACGAGGAGGGGAAAGGAAAGGAGGAGGGCAAGUCUGCCGGCAAGAGCCAGGAGAAGGGAAAAGGCAAGGGGAAGGGCAAAUCUUCCGAGAAGGGCCAGGAGAAGGCGGCAAACGAAGGAAAAGAGAAGGGCAAGGGAACAGGAAAGGACAAAGGCGACGAGAAGACCUUCGGCCUGGUGACCGCCGAAGGCAUGCGACAGCUGUUCUCCGGCUCGACUCCUGGCAAUGCUGGCCAGACCAAGAGGGCCUUGCAUGAUGCGGCUGGAAAAGGUGGAUCCAAAGGCAAAACAGUGCCCUCCGAGAACGAUGAGAUUUCUAAGAAGUCGCCCCGCCGGAGCGACACCACCGAUACAUGGGCCACCGACACACCAGAUGAGAUGCAGGACGCCCCGGCCCAGGGCCCGGGGUUCGUCUUCCCGGGGAACCCGAAUGCUGCUCGAAAACUGACGGACGAGCAGCGACUGGAGAUUGAAGCCUUGCAAAGGCCUGAGGAUAUCGACUUGCAAGAGCGAAAGCGGCUCAACGAGGGCCUCCGACGCCGCGUGAAAAAUCCACAAGGACUACGAAAAGGAUUGGUCGAGCAGUGGCAAGCGGCUACGUCUGCAACAGACAAGUUUACCUUCCUGAAAGCUUACCUCCUGGAUCGCGAUAUGUCUGCGAUUCAGAUCGAACCGUUGAGCGAAUCGAAGAACACGGAGAAGUUCCAGGAGUUGCCGCUGUGCGAAAUUCGCAUAAAGCAUGGCCAUCUGCCGGGUGGUGAACAGUUCAUCAAAGACCUCUUGGCGAACCAAAAGGGAAAAGAGCACCCGCAAACGAGCGAUCCCGAGUGGCGGCUGUACAAAGUUUUCGUCAGUGUCGACCUCGACAGACUCUAG